AUGCUUUCUGUUUGCCAAAAAUAACUUCCCCCUUACAUGAGAGGUUAAAUAAACAGAGCCUCUAUCAUUCUCAUCAUCUCUCUAAUCACGAUUUCUUAGGUAUCAUCAAUUCAACAAUCAUGUCUUGCUUCAAGGGCAAAUAUGCUGAUGAGCUGAUUGCUAAUGCUACUUACAUUGGAACCCCUGGGAAGGGUAUUCUUGCUGCUGAUGAGUCAACUGGCACAAUUGGCAAGCGUUUAUCAAGCAUUAAUGUUGAAAAUAAUGAGUCAAAUAGGAGGGAACUCAGAGAGCUUCUCUUCUGCACCCCUGGCUGCCUGCAGUACCUUAGUGGUGUAAUUCUUUUCGAGGAAACUCUUUAUCAGAGUACUGCUGCAGGCAAACGUUUUGUUGACGUCAUGAAGGAAGGUGGAGUUCUCCCAGGAAUUAAGGUUGACACAGGCACGGUUGAGCUUGCUGGUACCAAUGGUGAGACCACCACUCAAGGUCUUGAUGGCCUUGCUGCCCGUUGUGCUAAAUACUAUGAAGCAGGCGCUAGGUUUGCAAAGUGGCGUGCAGUGCUCAAGAUUGGACCAAAUGAGCCUUCACAGUUGGCUAUUAAUGAAAAUGCAAAUGGUUUGGCCCGUUAUGCAAUUAUUUGCCAGGAGAAUGGCUUGGUCCCUAUUGUGGAGCCUGAAAUACUUGUGGAUGGAGCCCAUGAUAUUAACAAGUGCGCUGAUGUAACAGAACGUGUUCUUGCUGCUUGUUACAAGGCCCUCAAUGACCACAAAGUCCUGCUCGAGGGAACUUUGUUGAAGCCCAACAUGGUGACUCCAGGAUCUGACUCUGGAAAAGUUACACCUGAGGUUAUUGCUGAGCACACUGUCCGUGCCCUGCAGCGCACUAUGCCUCCUGCUGUUCCUGCAGUUGUGUUCUUAUCUGGUGGGCAGAGCGAGGAGGAGGCUACUGUUAACCUUAAUGCCAUGAACAAGCUGCAGACAAAGAAGCCUUGGAGUCUCACGUUCUCCUAUGGAAGGGCUCUUCAGCAGAGCACUCUCAAGGCUUGGGGAGGAAAGAAAGAAAACAUUGAGAAGGCACAGGCUGCAUUCCUGGCAAGGUGCAAGGCCAACUCGGAGGCAACUCUUGGUAAAUACCAGGGUGAUGCUCCUUUGGGUGAAGGUGCCGCUGAGAGCCUUCAUGUCAAGGACUACAAAUACUGAUCAGCAUUUCAGGUUCUUUAUCAAUAAUAAUCCUCUUAUGUUUUGUAGCAUACAGUGCAGUUUGUACAAGAGUGCCUUUAUAAGACGAUCUAGUCCCUAAGGUUUCUCUUUGAUUUUUCAUAGUCCCUAAGGUUUCUCUUUUAUUUUUCAUCCUGAUCCGUACUACAGACUUGUAAAUAAAAUAGCAAGCCUCUAUUGAGCGAGGAUAAAUGCUAUAUUUGAUGUCUUUUCUGUCUAUUCUCCAGUUUUUUUUCUGGUACAACCAUGUUUCAUAUCGAGCAUGUGUAACGUUGUAAUUCUCAAAAUUACCAGAAGCAGCUGAAUUUUUUUCUUCAAAAACCCUGUUCUUAAUUUGAAUUAUGUUCUGUCAA